AGCAAAAUGGUUGGUUCCGUUUCCCACAAUCCCUGUGAAGGAGGUCCAUGAUGGCGGACUACGAGUCGAUCGUCUGCGUAAAGCCGGAGGUUUUCGUCUACAGAAUCCCUCCGCGGCCUUCUAACAGGGGAUACAGAGCGGCAGACUGGAAGUUGGAUGCUCCAGACUACACAGGACGGAUGAGAAUUGUCGCCAAGGGCAAAAACUGUGUCAUCAAAAUAGAGGACAAAAAUUCUGGUGAGCUGUUUGCUCAGGCCCCGGUGGAUGCCUAUCCAGGUGUGGCUGUGGAGUCAGUAACAGACUCCAGCAGGUACUUUGUCAUCAGGGUACAGGAUGACUCAGGCCGCAGUGCGUUUAUCGGGAUGGGUUUUGGGGACAGAGGAGACUCAUUUGACUUCAAUGUUGCUCUACAGGAUCACUUCAAGUGGGUGCGGAAGAGUGAACAGAUAGAGAAGGAAGGCACGACAGACACCGGCCCGAAACUGGACCUGGGCUUCAAGGAGGGACAAACUAUCACUAUCAACAUAGGGAAGAAGAAAAGCGGUUCCAAAGCGAAGCCCAGCGGAGGAGCAGGAGGGUUCCUCCCCCCACCCCCCGGGGGUAAGAUCCCCACCCUAACCCCACCUCCUGGAGGAGCUGCACCCCCACCCCAACAGCCACAGUCAGCCACAGGUAAGUCCAACGUCAAUUCACUUUUAGAUCUGGAUCCCUUCGCAUCGUCGAGUAACGCAUCAUCGAGCGGGGCAGACUGGGGAGACUUCGCUGGAGCAGGGUCUGGUAACAGUAACCAGUCAGGAUCAAGCUGGGUGCAGUUCUGAUGGUAACACCUAGAUGGCACUUCGGGAUAUGAAUGGCAACUCACUCAAUAUUCAUGUAGACUACACAAUGUAAACCCACCCCAUGCUUUCCCAGCAUCCACACAAUAUUCAAUGUAGACUAGUGAUGCAUUCCGGUUCACUGGACUUGGAUCCGGACUUGAAAGAAUGUUUAGGUUCAAGUCCAAAAAACACUAAAAGUCAAGAACCGA